AUGAAUUUCGUGGCUCAAUUAGAAGAUUACCUGAGAGACCUGGGAGCUGAGGCUCGAAAGAAACAUCCCGGAGUCAAGGAGGCCUCGGAACGAGCCAUUUUGAGACUGAGAACAUUGCAAAAUGCCUAUGUAUCUGCUGUCCGCAAGGCUUCUUCCGAAGGGACCGAGCACCCCACAACCUCCCUCUUUCAAUCCCAAGACCUACUGCAUCCCUUUCUUCUGGCAGCCAAUUAUCCAAAUGCAUCCACCAAACUGCUGGAUAUAUCCUUUGGAGCCAUGAGGUUAUUAAUGGAUUCCGAUGCCAUUUGUCCAGGAGAUGGAAUACACAUGAUACGAGUCUGGACCAUUCAGGCUCACGUGGUCAUGUCACAGUAUCAAAAACAAAACCACAAAACCAACAAAAAAGGAUCUGACAAUAAUCACAACAAUUCAUCGCAAAAGGAUUCUGCUUCCAGCAAAUCAUAUCCUGUCACCGCUAUUGCCAGUACCGCCGCUAGUUGGUUGGGAGUUGGAAGUUUCAUUGGGGGAGGAUCCUCCAAUUCCAACAACAACAAUGGUUCUUCCAACAACACUACUAGCAGUACCACUGAUUCCAAACCACUCAAAAAUGCCGUCAGCAGUUCCAGUGGACAUGCCGGCGGACAAUACAAUGCACCCUCCACCAAAGAUAUGGAAAAGAUUGCACUCGAAAUACUAUCCUGUCUACUCAAACUCACUGAACUGCUCAAAAGUGAAUCCCUAUCUGUCGAUGUGUGGACACAAAGUGUCUCACUCUGUUGUCUCUUAUUGGACUUUCGAAAAACCGUUCAGCAAGCCGCACGUUCCACACUCCCCCAAAUAAUCAACAUGCUAUACGAAACAUCCAAUACUAGCAAAAAGUACAACAUUGCCACGUGGGAAGAUUUGCUUCAUUUGGCAUCCUACGUGCCCGCCAAAAAGAAAGCACCCGCAUUGCACGGAGCUUUCUCACAGUGUCGUUUGGAUACCUCGUCGUCCAAAGCACCGCCUCCGCCACCCCCUGAAUUUGCGCUGGAACUCAUGGCCACCUGUCUGCAAGAACAUCCAACACUAUUGGCUAAAAACGACAAACUACUCGGAAAGACCAUGGGAGUUACAGUUGCAUUAUUGUUGCAGGCUACCACCAAUACAUCCGACAAUAAUAACAAUAAUUUGGCCAAGACACUGCGCGUCUUUCAAUGGACUCUGGUUGUAUUGCAAACCCAAUCCGAUGCCACCAUGGAAUGUCGAGAACUCCUCAUGCACGUCAUUAAGCCCAUUCAUACCGCAUGUGAAGUCUGUCGAUCCAAGAACGAUUUUGACGAUGGAUUUGUGUACCUGGACGAAAACAGUAGUACAACUUCCGCUUCCAGUACGACACUGGCUGGAUCCAAUCAUCCACAACCCCGAUCCAGUCGCAGAUUGGCAGCGACCGAAGGCUACAACCAGGAAACCAAGACACACUCGUGUUUGUUACCCAAUGCUGUCAUGUGGAAAGCGGGGUUGGCAGUCGAAACGGUGUAUCAUGUCCUCUUGCAGAGUAGUGCACGAACACCGUGCACACGAGCCAAGGCACUUUCCCAAGUGCUCGAUCGAGACACCAUUGUAGUCUUGACCGAAAGUCUCAAUGAAUUCUCUACCAUUGGUGCCGCCUGUCAGAGUCACAUUUUGCAGCUGGUGGAUGUCUGCCGCAACAAUGGAAACAACAACAACACCAACAGCGCGGGGGGCGAAAAAAUUGCCAAGAAUGAUCUCUUGUUGCGGAGCAUAUCACGAGACGACGAUCAUAAAACGCCAACGGAGAUUGAUGCCAUGUUGUAUAUUCGGGCCGAACAACUGGUCAAGUCAGGGGCAUCUCUUUUUGAUGACAGCAAUAAUGUCAACAACAGAUCGUCGGGAGACAAGAAACAAUCCGCAGCAUCUUCGUCCUCGUCCCCCACAAGUCCUCACGAUGUGCUAGUCAUGGGCGAGACGUUGUGGAUUGCCUUUCACGGCAUUCUGGAGAUUGUCUGUUCGGUGCUUCCCAGCACGGCACCAGACAUUCUCGAAUCCUACAGUGAGGGCCUCUUCGAGCCUUGUUUGGAAACCUUGCAACAUUUUGUGAAACGGUGUCCGGGGUCUCGGGAUGUGACGCGUCUAGCAUUGAAUGGGUAUGCGCAUUUGUCCAAUCUCUGCAUGCCCUCCACAACUCCCGGGCGAAGUUUCAAACGCAAAGCGCUGCUCACAUCCUUGUGCAAAAUGGCGCUACCAGCAUGGGGAAAACACGAUUCUUCCAGUCAAUUGCGCAACCAUCACGUUCGAGCACUGAUAUGCCUACUCCGAAUCGUUCACUCCCACUACGAUGAUAUUCUGUCCGAGUGGGACAUGGUUCUGCUCACCUUUGAGGAGCUAUCAGUGAUGACUAUUGCUUCGCCCUUUUUGUCAGAUCAACUGUAUCACGCAGCUCUAGCAAUAUCUGCCGUGUAUGGACGAUUUGCUUCAUUCUCAACCUGUUUCUCAGAUGAGUCGUUGCGAGAAUUCAUAGAUGCACUGGCGACCGUUUCAAGUUCGGCAACUCAAAAGCGCAAUCUAGACAUGACAAACGGCAAUACAGUUUUGGAUCGAGUACUGGUUACCUCGGAGCUUCCCAAACCUGGAGAGAAAAGCUCAGAAGAAGGGAAAGAAUCGUCCAUUGGGGGGAAGCUCGUCAACUUGGGUGUAAGAGCAAUCUAUGGCGCGCAAUCAUCAGGCGAAACGAGCGAACACAAUGGCGUGGACGAGAUGCCGAUUGCAAAACGAACCAAGUCUUCCUACUAUGAGGCUUACAGAAAUGACUAUGUCAGGAGGCUUGAGGCGACAACUACCGCUUCCUUGCGACCUGACCAUGUUGCUAUGCUUCCCUUUGGCAUGGCUUUGCUUGCGGACGUAGCCAUGACGAACUCAUUUCGAUAUGAAGUUUGCAUUGCUCCAAUAUCGAAGCAUCUCUGCAGCUUUGCUUCAGUAUGCCCGACAAUCAGAGUUUCUGUCAUGGAUACAGUAGCAAUGCUAAUAUUGGCAGAAGCCGCGACAGAAGAAAAUCCCCUCUCUUUUUCGUCGCCAGCCAAGGUUGUCUUUGCAGAUCCGAAGCAGCACCAACUGCUAGCAGUGGAGCCAUCCAAAUCAACUGAGAGAGCUGUUCAGAACGAAAAUGUUUCACAGGCAAUUCUGUUCGGUCCUAUUUGCGAAUGCAUUCAAACGGUAGAAUCCGCAGUUGUUGCGGAGGCAGCCAUCACGGUUCUUACUUCCAUCCUUGAGAACGUUGGUCACACUCUAAAGGGUGGAGUUUGGGAUGUAAUCGCCAGCGCGGUCGCUUCUUUAUCAGGGGCUACAACUGAAAGAAAGGGUGCUGACUGGUCGAGCUGUUGUAUGCUGGGGUUCAGAUGUCUCAAGUUGAUUGUUGAUGACUUUUUGGAUUUGUUUCCGCCACCAUCGGAGAGCGGAGCAGACGCCCGAAGCUCUUUGCUAGAUUGCUGUUGGUCUUACGCGAGAUCGCGACAUGAUGUCAACACGUCACUCACCGCAAUCGGGCUCCUGUGGACUAUAGCUGACAAAGACGGAGGAGCAGACGCGGUUGAUCGUGCUCUGUCGAAGUUGGUGGCACUUGCGUCCGACAGCCGUCCUGAGGUUAGAAACUGUUCCGUCAACACGCUGUUUUCCUGCAUUGUCGGACGCGGAAAAGGUUUCACGGCUACGCGAUGGCAAUCUUGUAUCAACGAUACAGUCUUCGGGGUGUACGACCUUGUGGUUGAAAAGGCAAGCGACAGCGGGGAUGGCAAAGUUGACCUUGAUGGCAACUCGAUUGAAAAACGCAAAUCGAGAUACAAAGUAAACGUUCAUCAUUCCAGAGAUUCGGCUGGCAAACAAUGGAUCGCGACGCAAGUCCUCACGCUGCAGGGCCUCAGUCGCGUUCUUCGGACAUUUUUCUCACAGAUACUCGAUCAUCUCGAAAAUGAGGCGUCGACUGGGACAGAAUCGGAUAGUGACGAUGCAGACGGGAGCUCGUACGAAGAGGAAGAAACAGACGAGGAGCUUUCUGGUUCAGUGGAAGAAUCAACGGAAGAAAGUGAAGGCGGCGAGAAGCGUAACGACCUUUGGCUAGUUAAGGCAUGGUCCAAGAUUCUCGAAUGUGCGCUCGAGGCAGCAGUCCAAGAAGGAGGAAGAGAAAACUUGGACUUGAGAUAUGCAGGGGUAGAGCUGCUGGUCCUUUGCGGACAGCUUUCUUGUAGAGAUGGUAUCCAAGCUGCCUUAACACCAGCCAAAGUGGGAGCUAAAAUGCAAGUGAUCGAUGGAGCAUUGCGGGAAAUGGAUGAGUCUCCUAGUGCACAAGACGCUGGAAAGGACUCGUUCAAGCGGACACACUCAAAGGUCGUCGAUGAAUGCCGCGAGGCCCUGUUCGCAAGUGCACUCAACCAAAUGGAGAGCUACCGAGAAUUCAUUGAAACGUCAGAGAAACGCAAGAAUGCUUCAGCAAUGGAAGCAACACAGGUUCAAGUCAUGCAAAAGUUCAUCGCGUGCCUUGGUAGUCUGUACGAAUGUUGCAAAGACGAUGAGUUAUCUCAAAAGGGCGACCUCGGUGACAAGCAGGCUCUGAUCAAAUACUUUGUGAAGCCAUCUGAAGCUCCUGAAGCUCACCCCGAGUCGAUUUUUGUGGGAAUGCUGACAACAGUCCUGAGGUCAGCUUCUGGAGGCCCUCGUUUCUUGUCGCCAGCUCAACGAUCAGCGAUUGACCUUCUGCGAACGAUGAUUCGGUAUGGUUCGUCAGAGGCGCUGCUGAGCGCUGUGGAAGUGGCCGGAUCGUGGCUUUUCUUUCGAAAGGAUGAAGACAAGGCUUCAUCAGCAAAUGAGCAAAGCGCCGCAAAUUUGAUAUCGUGUGAGUUGGCAUCUGUAGUAGCGGAUGAGCUCCCUGGAGAAGCAGUGUCGGAUACAUGCAAGGCUCUCUCGUUGUGGCUGGCGCUUUCGCAGUUCCCUGUGGAUGUCAUCAAGUCAGACCGAAAAAGCGAAGGAAGGAGAAAGGCAUACUACAAGCAUUUCCUGCCUGUUUUGCGCGAGGGUCUUCAGGGAUCCAUAAAGAUGAACUUCAGAGAGGCUUUGAAGGAAACUACCACUUCCGACCAAUCAGCUGAAUGGAAACUUGUUGACGAUAUUUGGAGAAAGCUCCGUCAGACGUUGGUUUACAUGUUGUCACCCAUACCAGAUGCAACCGAUUUGCUGAAGAUAUCCCGCGCACAAGAAGUCCUGGAAGUUGUGGGUUUGUCGAUUGAAUUUGUACCCUCCGACUCAGUCGGCGAUCUUUGUGCUGCAUUGUCCGAAGGCGCGGCCGAGGCAUUGAAAGUAGAACAAGCCAACAGAACGAAAGGAGAGGAAAUGAACGAAGGAGAGUUGCAUCGAAAACGUGUCAAGUAUCGCGAGGAUGCCUUGCUGGUGUUCAAGACCUGCUACUCGGGAAUGUGCAGAAAGAAGUCAGACGAUCCAGCUCUACUCGCGAUCACUGACAAGGCUUUCACUGACGCUAUUGCAACAGUGAAACAGUCUGAUGGUGGAGACACCAAAAAGGACGAUGUCUCAGUGGAUACGUUCCUCAUGGUUUGCAAGGCGUUUCAAGAAAAUGUGGGGCUCGAGAGUUUGAUUGUGUCGUCCUUCCCGUUGUUGUGCCAGCUAGUGCAAACCAACAACGAGCAAGUUCGGAAUGCGGCCGCGGCGGCUUUGGGUUCGGCAGAUCUUCGGCAGGUACUAUCAGACUCUAGGACGAGGUACGAAAAAGCUGAAGAACGCGCCACACGUGCAGAAAAAGAGGUGGCGGAACUGAACCUGGCCGUGGCAGAGUUGCAAAGGAAAAAUGACAUGCUGCAACAGCGAAUGGCAUAG